CUCUUCGUGAUGUGCAGUUCAAUGAGGAACUAAUUUGACUGCUCUGUGGUGGCACGCUUUUGUAUCUCGUUCUGCGUAUGGAAGUGGGACUAGAGUGACCUCACUGUUGGUAUCGUCAUCACCUUUCGGUGCUUCUCCUCGACUGAGCGAGCUCGGAAGUGAGCACCGGGCACGCUCAUGCAAGAUUCGGACGUGGGGUUUGUUUGUACACUGUGCGGCGCUCGCCCCUUCCACCACGACACUGUGCAGGAGGAGGUAUUCCCCUUUUAAACGUUGACCAUAUGUGGAUUUUAUUGAAUUGUUUUAAAAGUGAGAGUUUUUGUAUGCAUUAUUACGGAUACUCUAGUAAACUAUGUGGGGAUCAGUUCUGUUAUUCCAGCGCUGGAAGGUAGGAGAACGCUGUCUGCAGCUUUCGGGGGUGUGCUUUACAUUCGAGGCUGUGUGUUAUGACUGGAGAGCAGACUGCACAUUGAGCUGUCAUUAUUCUUGUUUUCAUUAAAGACCCCCCAGAAAACAGAGUUUGUCACAUUAUUCUAAACACUGGAUACUUAAUGGCAGAAUUUGGGCAAGCGAGUGAAAAGGUGCCUUCAUCCCCCUUACUGGACAAGGUGAAACCUGGCACUGAGGAUGACAGCGGUGUGCCCCCCUAUGGUAGUGGAGUUUCUAAUGGAGACUGUGCCUUGGCAGAUGAUGCAGUUUUGACACCGCCGUCGGGUAGCCCCGGACUGGAUAGAACAAAUGCAGCAGCAGGAGUGCAGGAGGGCAAACCGGGCAUCCCUCGUAGGAGCAGCAUCAUCAAGGAUGGUAACAGACAAAGAAGAGAGAGGAAGAAGACGGUUUCAUUCAGUAGUAUGCCAGCCGAAAGGAAGAUCAGCAGUGCCAGCGACUGUAUCAAUUCCAUGGUCGAGGGCUCAGAGUUAAAGAAGGUCCGUUCAAACUCUAGAGUUUAUAGUAGGUAUUUUCUUUUGGAUGCAGACAUGCAGUCCCUGAGAUGGGAGCCUUCAAAGAAGGAUGCUGACAAAGCAAAGAUUGACAUUAGAUCCAUUAAAGAAGUGAGAACGGGAAAGAAUACAGAUAUAUUCCGUAGUAAUGGAAUUUAUGACCAAAUAUCAGAAGACAGUGCAUUUUCUGUAAUAUAUGGUGAAAACUAUGAUUCGCUAGAUUUAGUUGCAAACACUCCAGAUGUAGCUAACAUUUGGGUUACAGGAUUACGAUAUUUGAUUUCCUAUGGAAAGCAUACUCUUGAUAUGAUUGAAAGUAGUCACAACAGCAUGCGUAACUCAUGGCUUUCGUGUCUGUUCUCUGAAACCGAUACCAAUAAUGUUGGGUACAUAUCCACUGGAAAAGCUGUGCAGCUUAUUCAGAAUGUAAAUCCAGGGACCAAAAAUACUAAAAUUGAGCUGAAGUUUAAAGAAUUGCAAAGCGCAAAAGCAAAAGAUAAAGUGGGAAAUAAUGUAACCAAAGAGGAGUUCGUUGAAGUUUUCCAUGAGCUGUGCACAAGGCCAGAAAUCUAUUUUUUGUUGGUUCAAUUUUCAAGCAAUAAAGAGUUCUUGGACACCAAGGAUCUCAUGAUGUUUUUAGAAGCAGAGCAAGGAAUGGCACAAGUAACUGAAACAAUGGGUCUUGAUGUUAUCCAGAAAUAUGAGCCUUCAAAGGAAGGACAGAUCAAUGGCUGGCUUUCUUUAGAUGGAUUUACACAUUACCUCAUGUCACCCGAGUGCCAUAUAUUUGACCCGGAGCAUAAAAAAGUUUGCCAAAACAUGACACAGCCUCUGUCUCAUUAUUAUGUCAAUGCUUCUCACAAUACUUACUUAAUAGAGGACCAGUUCAGAGGUCCAUCAGAUAUCAAUGGUUAUAUUCGUGCUCUCAAAAUGGGUUGUCGAAGUGUCGAAUUAGAUGUAUGGGAUGGUCCUGAUAGUGAGCCUGUGAUAUACACAGGCCACACAAUGACAUCACAAAUUGUCUUCCGCAGUGUUAUUGACAGUAUUAACAAGUAUGCUUUUUUUGCUUCAGAGUUCCCUUUGAUUCUCUGCUUAGAGAACCACUGCUCAGUAAAACAACAGAAGGUUAUGGUUCAACAUAUGAAGAAGAUUUUUGGAGAUAAACUUCACACAACACCCCCAGAGACAUUAGAAAAUUAUCUUCCUUCUCCAGAGUCACUGAGAGGGAAAAUAUUAUUGAAGGCAAAGAAGCUCUCCCCUAAUUUCAGUGGUGCAGAGGGAGAUGUUACUGAUGAAGAUGAAGGGAUAGAGAUGUCGCAGAGGGUUGGAAAUGAUAACAUAUUACAUCACCUCACUGUAGUCCCAAAUAAAAGAUUCCAGCUUUGCAGAGAACUUUCUGAUUUGGUAAGCCUUUGCAAAUCAGUCCAAUUCAAAGAUUUUGAGAGUGCAUUUCAAAAUCAAAAAUACUGGGAAAUCUGCUCUUUUAAUGAGGUUAUUGCUACUAAAUAUGCCAAUGAAAAUCCUGGGGAUUUUGUAAAUUAUAACAAGCGAUUUCUUGCAAGGAUUUUUCCAAGUCCUAUGAGAAUAGACUCGAGUAAUAUGAAUCCUCAGGACUUCUGGAAGUGUGGCUGUCAAAUAGUUGCAAUGAAUUUUCAGACACCUGGUUUGAUGAUGGACCUUAAUAUUGGUUGGUUUCGACAAAACGGCAACUGUGGUUAUGUCCUUCGACCUGCAAUAAUGAGAGAGCAGGUUUCUUUUUUCAGUGCAAAUACAAAGGAUUCUGUGCCAGGAGUUUCACCUCAACUACUUCACAUUAAGAUAAUAAGUGGGCAGAACUUUCCCAAACCUAAAGGCUCAGGUGCCAAAGGUGAUGUUGUAGAUCCGUAUGUAUAUGUAGAAAUUCAUGGAAUACCAGUAGACUGUGCUGAACAAAGGACAAAAACUGUGAAACAAAAUGGAGAUAAUCCGAUUUUUGAUGAAAGUUUUGAAUUUCAAGUAAACCUCCCUGAGCUUGCUAUGGUGCGUUUUGUGGUACUAGAUGAUGACUACAUUGGGGAUGAAUUUAUCGGACAAUAUACAAUACCUUUUGAGUGCUUACAGCCAGGGUAUCGACAUGUUCCACUGCAGUCAUUAUCUGGAGAAGUAUUACCGUAUGCUACCUUGUUUGUACAUGUGGCAAUCACAAACAGAAGAGGUGGAGGCAAACCUCAUAAACGUGGUCUUUCAGUCAGAAAAGCAAAGAAAUCCAGAGAGUAUCCUUCCAUGAGAACAUUAUGGAUUAAAGCUGUAGAUGAAGUAUUCAAAAAUGCGUUGCAGCCUUUGCGAGAAGCUACAGAUCUUAGAGAAGAUACGCAGAAUGCUGUAGUGUCUUUCAAAGAAUUGUGUGGUAUUUCUCCAGUGGCAAAUCUCAUGCAGUGCAUACUGGCCCUGUCGUCUCGCUUGUUCAGCAGUGACAAUCUCCCUCUUGUGGUAUUCAAUCUCAAGGAGCAGUACCCGACUAUGGAAGGACAAGGAUUAAUUCCUGAAGUUUUGAAAAAGGCUAUGGCAACAUAUGAUACGAUGAUUCAGAUGAGCAGGAUUCUUGUAGAAAACGCUGACAGUGUGUAUGAGAAGAUAGUUCUGUGUCAGAAGUCAGCUAUGCAGUUUCAUGAGAAUCUUCAGAGUGUGGGUACUAAAGAAGGUCUAAAAGGAAGGAAGUUAUGCAAAGCAGUGGAGAGCUUUACGUGGAAUAUCACAAUUUUAAAGGGGCAGGCUGACCUUUUGAAACUUGCCAGGAAUGAGGUUUUGGAAAACCUGAAGCAGAUUCAUUAUGCUGCUGUGACAUGUGGACUGAACAAGGCUGGCACUGGGAAUGCAGAGGCAUCUAAACCACGGCGGAGUCUGGAAGCUAUACCGGAAAAAGAAGCAUGUGACGAUGAAACUGGAGAUUGAUGAGAAUGUACUGCAUACCUAAGUUCUGAUCGUACGUGAAGCGGCACGGACUCAAGGACCAAGGGAAGCUGCACAGUGAUUCUGCCUUGCACUUAUAACGAGAGCUGUUCACACCUUGAAAUGAAUGAAGCACAACUAGCUGCUCUUUCUGUCAGAUGAGCAAAACUGUGAAUGUAGCACUGGGGUACAUGAAGUCACAUGACACUUAGUGGUGGACACUCUGCAUUGUUAAUCCCUUGUACAGUAUGUGUAUAUGUACUGUAUGUGUAUAUAUACAUACAUCUAUAUUUAUAUAUAUUUGAUGUCUUGUUAUUUCAAUCAUUGUGUAACUUUUUUCACUGCAGUCUUGUUUUCCUCAUCCCAGGAAUCAUGACCUGCCAUUUUGUUUAUUUUAUGAAAAAAUAUUCUCUGGACACUGUUAACCUGAAGUGAAGUGAAGCAGAGACAGUGUUCAUUUUGGAAAACCUGCACAAGUGAUUUUAUGCCAAGUCGGAGUCUGUGAACUGUAGGAAGACUGUGCCAUAAUCAUGAAAUACUUUGUAUAUACCUUAUUGAGCCAUAAAUGAAAACCUUGAAUGCACUGUAAUUAACAAGUGGGCACAGAAGAGUUGUUGCACUAAGUGAGCCAGGGGGCAAAAGGGGAAACAUGCAAAUUAGUAUGAAGUCUUCUAUUCAGAGUUAUUAUUUCCAGGAUGUUUUACCAAUUUUUCUUACAUUUAAUGACCAAACAAGGAGCUUCAUGUUGUAAAUGCUUUUUGUUUUGUGAAGUGAGUACAAUGUACACAUCAAAAAGAAAGUUUUAUGAAGCAAUGAUACAAUUAAAGAUCUUAUCCAAGUUUAA